CAGGUUGAGAACCACUGGUCUAAAUCCAGCUUCAGCCUUAGUUCUAAACAGGUUUCCAAACCUUGGCCAUUCCCAGGUAUUUGGAUUUCAAGUCUCAGAAUUCCACAGCCAGUAUGGCUAGUGAAUGAACAUUCUGGGAGCCAAAGUCCACCUACUUGGAAAUAACCAAGGUUGGGAAAAACUGAUCUACAUCCUUAGGCUCUACACAUACAAGCGAAGUCUUUGUCUGAAGGAGCACAUUAUUUUUGGACCAUGGAAGAGGACGUUAAUAACGGAAAUUUUUUGUCUAGAAAGACUAUACUGAGAAAAAGACAGGAGCUGAAGUCUACAUUAAACUGGAAGAGAUAUUUAAAUCUCUUCACAGAAGGAAAAAACAAAAUCACUGUGGCUGUGAUAGUAAAAUUUAGCCUUCUUCUUAAUCUAGAUUAAAGCUAUCAUCAACUUUAGUUACCCGCACUCAGUGGCAGUUUGGUCAAAAUGAGCCAAAAAUGCAAAGCAUGCUAAAAAUAUAGUUAAGUACAUAUCAUUAUGGCAGUGUAUUUUUAAAAUAUCGACAGAAAUAGAAUAAAGUAAGGAAAUAUAGCUGAAAAAAAAUGAAGUUUUAUUGCUUCUUUUUAUGUACACAUGGGCUUUCUAAAAUUCCUAUGCAUCAAUCACUAAUUCUCAAUUGGCUAAAUGUUAUUAUGUGCUAUUAAAACCGCCUGUUUUGCACAGGACAGCAAGUUUUAAUAAACUGUUUCUUAAAUCGUGCUAGGAAUUUUCAGAUUUUUCCAUGAAAAUGGAAGGGACAAUGGGAGUUGAAAGGAAUUGAGGCUGAGCGGUGACUCACAUGAGCUUCUGAAAGAGAAGAUGAGGCUGGACUAAAUGAUCCUUGGAUCCCACUACAGCCUUGUGAAAUAAUUUUCAUUUAAAACUGCCAGAGUCUUUUUUUUUUCUUUUUCUUUUAGAGUUUCCAUUUGGAAACGUAGGUGUCAUGGUUCCGACAGAUGAAACUAACAUAAUGCUAACAUCGGAUGUUUUGCAUUGACAGUAGGAUGAUUUCAGAAAGACAAAAUGCUUAAACACAAAGACAGAAGGAAAGAGCCAAAGACUGAUGGAACUUAAAGCCUAAUAAAAAAAUAACCACAAGUGCAGAUAAAAAGGUGGAACUGGAUGCAAUUUGCACAAAGUACGUACGCUGCAUCUUAACGCCCUGAGAGACAUCCCAGAAGAAGAGACAGAGGGGGAACGUAAUAUAAGAAGUUUAGAAACUUGGCUUUCCCCAAAAAAAGGGACUGCCCAUUUUGUUGAGCAUGCACCCCUUGCAAUAAAUUUGAGUCAGCACUACAACAACAGCUCUGCAGUCUUCCGAAGGGAAGCUGAUCAGGUGGUUGCAGAGCCCCUGGAAACGGCAGUACGAUGCAGCUGAAGAGGCAAAGCACAACCCACAGACAAACUGUGGCUCGCCUGGAGAGCAAACCGACCUUUGCAUCUCAAUCUUCCAGGGAAAUGAUGCACUAAGCCUACAGCAGAGAGAGUGGGGCAACAAUGGAGAACCGGAUCUUGAAGGCAUCACUUGGCAUCUUGGUUCUUCUCGUCUUUAUACCAGCCGUUCAGGGUAUUUGUCCUUCUUUGUGUUCAUGCUCAGGAAAUGAUAGAAACGUGGACUGUUCUGGCAGAAACCUGACCACGCUGCCAUAUGGACUUCAGGACAACAUUACCUAUUUGAAUCUGUCAUACAACCACUUUGUGGAUCUCAACCACCAGCUGACUCAAUUUGCAAAUUUGAGAACAUUAGAUGUUUCCAACAACUGGCUUCGGAGCCUUCCAGCUCAACUGCCCAGGUCCCUGUGGGAAAUCUAUGCCACGCACAACAGUAUCAAGGUCCUCCAAAAGCUUGACACGGCUUACCAGUGGAAUCUUAAAGUCCUCGAUGUGUCAAGGAAUAUGGUGGAAAGGGCUGUACUUAUUAACAACACAAUGAGCAGCCUUGUGUUCCUCAACCUCAGCAGCAACAAGCUUUGGACUGUCCCCACCAACAUGCCCAUCAAUGUGGAGACAGUGGAUCUAUCCAACAACUUCUUGUCACAAAUCCUUCCUGGCACACUGAGGAGACUCAGCAAUCUUUCCCAACUUUAUCUGCAUAAUAAUAAGUUCACCCAUAUCCCUGACAACGCCUUUGACCAGCUUCUUCAGUUACAACUAAUCACGCUUUACAACAACCCCUGGGCAUGUGAGGAUAAACAACUGGUCCUCUCUUAUUUGCAGAAUUGGACAGGAAAAACACAUGCCACAGUCUUUGGGCUGCCAUGCCCGGAGGACACCGUGUCAUGGGAAGGCUCCGGCCCAUUUUCAGCUACUCCAGCCAUGGCUCAGAAUCACCUCUUCGUUAAAGCCAUAAAGGCAGUGGAUACAACUGACUCUGGAGAAGCAACUGAACAGAGUGAAUUAGCAUAUGAACAACAGUCCGGAAUGACAGACAUCGACGUAAACGCCACUGCUGACCCAACAAUAGCCUUCACGAGCCCCGGCAGGUCACUGGUUCCCUACCCAGAAAAUCUCAGCACAGAGAACCUACACAAUUCUUUCGAAGUGGCUGCAGCCACACACAUGGUCUACAUCCAAGAUACAACCUCUGUGAAGUCCAGCACAAAAAGUCUGGCCGAAGUCCCCACAAUUCCUAUGACCUUGAGGAUCACCAGCGGGGUGCCUACAAACUACCCAAAGAAACAACAAAGCACAACAAUAAAGAAAGAAGAACACACUACAAAAAUUAGCCCUCGUGCACCCUCUAAAGCAAAUGUGCCCAGGGGGUAUUUGUUCUCUGCUGUAAUACUUGCUGUGGUGGCCCUGGCAAUGGGCAGUGAAUUUGUGUUUAAAUGAAUGAAUUGCUUCAUUAUUCCAUAUUAAUAACAUGUUGGGGGGAGGGGAGAGAAAUAUUCCUGUUCAAAAUGAAUUACUGUAGAUGCAAGAAGAAAUGCCUGUUUUUAAGAUUCUGAAAUAUGACUGAAGAAUAUCAUAACUUCUCUUGAAUGGCUGCAGAAAAUCACGUCUUGGUAACCAAGCUGCUACUUACUUAAAUUAUGUCUUACUGAAUUAAGAAAAUAAAAAA